CAACUUCUCGACAAAGCAAUAAGAAAGCUCUCCAUAUUAACCUAAAAUUAUCCCGUGUGUUAAUAUCAGUUACUAACAAACAUAAGAAAAAUAAGACCUUUCCAACGAUGCAGUCAGAACGGACAAGUUCUCUGAGCGUUGUCUCGAAGCUCCUGGCCUCGACGAAAGACGAAAUAAACUUCGAAGAAAUGUCGGAUGAACAGUUAGGAUCGACGCUGGAAGAAGCCAUGCGUACCAAUAGAACGUUGACCUUAGAGAACGAGGUAUUCGAGCGUUACCUGCGACGCAGAGAUCCCCAGUGUUUGCACAAGCUAUCAUACGUGGUGGAGUCAGCCCGUCAAGCCCAAAAGCUCUCCCGCCUCCGUAUCUCGCAGCAGCAGCCUCGAGGCGGUUCGACUCCGAGCUUGCAGUCGUUUACAGCCAAACCUGCCUCGUCGUCGGCUACUCUUCUGAGUGUCCAGCUCGCGCGCACCGCUUCCGGAAGUCAGCAGGCGGUAGGUUUAGCCAAGCGAGCUGCGAAGGGACUCAAGAUAACAGUGGCGCACAGGAUCGAACUGGUGGAGAAGGAGGUGGAGGAGAUGCGGAGACAGUACAGGGAGUUCGAAAAGGGGCUGUUCGGUAAGAAGGAGGGGCUGGAGACUAUGCUGGAGGAGAUAAACUACAGGAUCAAGGAGUGCGAGGACACGGCCGAGCAGUUCGAGAACGAGGUUUUGAAUCAGGUCGAUCCGGUCAGCAAAAGAAUUACCGCGGAUAGUUUUGUCAAGUUCGUGGAAAGGCAGUUAAAGUUGGCUGAGAUCGCGGUCGACAAAUUAAACUUGAAGAUCGUAACGACAAAGCGCUUGAUUCGCCAAACGAAGAAGCAGAUAGAUCAGCGGGAAGAGUUGGGAAACACUCUGCGACCCGUGGAUUUCGAGAAACUGAAGAUCGAGAACAAGUAUCUCACCGACGACAUCGAGCGGUACAACCGAACCAUUAAGACGCUGAAACAAAUCAACGGGCAUUACGGUCUGACGCUGAAGAGUCACAAAGAACGACUGCUGGAGAAAAAAUCGAAGCUGCAGUCGAUCGAGAACGAGCUCACGUCAAAGGAGCGUGAAAACGUCGAUUUGCGACGCUGCCAAACGAGAGCGACGCGUGAAAUAAGGAAGGCCGAGGGCCAGUUGAACCACAUAAAGAAGCUUCGGGAGGAAUACGAAAUACCGGAAGUUCGCGACUUCCUCGAGGUGCAAAAACAAUUGCAGGAAGCGAGAAAAAACUUCAAAAGACUCGGCAGACGGCGAAAGCUUCAGCUCUUCACUUUGCGAUCUCUUCGGAGAAGAAGCUAGCGAAAAUAUAUAUUACAAAGUAUACAACACGUAGCUAGUGGUAACCGAACAAACGCGUAAGACAACGUGUAACAAGCGUUAACACGCACGAGGCAGGAAAAAAAAAUAAAUCCGACGAUAGAAAUCAC